CUCAUUGCUAGUCGUGGAUGUGUUGCAAUGCAUAUCUACACUUUUUCUUGGAGAGCCUGAGACUAACGGCCGCCCCGUUACCAUCCGACUGCUUCAAAUCCAUAUUACAGCGGCUUCUCGUGAAGACAGACAGCGCAUAUAUACUUAUGUAGACCUCGAUUCUCCAUGUAUUUCUGGGAGGCAGCAAUGUCUUCAGAGGGACAUGGAAAAGAGGUCAAGGAGCUGAAGCAGGAAUGAACCCCUGUUCACACUAAGCCACUUUAAGAUCCUCGUUUCCUAGCUUCAUCAACAACCAACGAAUCCUUCUUCAUCAGCACUAGACAUCCUCCUUCCUGGAGAGCUGACAUCUCAGCAGCAACUUCAUUUCUGCAGUUGUCGCGAUAUCUUGUUUUAAUCCCACUACAAAUCUCACGAUUAGCAUCAAAAUGUGGCUCGUCGAAGCAUUUUUCCACGCACCGCCUAUAUCAAGGACCCUUGCCGCCGUAUCCUUCAUCUUCUCUCUCCUCCUCUACAUUGGCGUCCUAGACUUCACUCUCUUUCACCUAUCCUUACCCGCCCUCAUCCAGUUUCCCCCUGAGCUCUGGCGGCUCGUAACAUCGCUUCUCAUCACGGGCCCUAGGCUCUCCCUUCUUUUCGAUGUAUACUUCCUAUACGUGUACGGCGCUAAGCUUGAGAUUGCUUCGCCUAGAUUUUCGCAAAGGGCGGAUUUUGUGACUUAUUUGUGUUUCAUCUGCGGCGUUAUAUUGAUCCUCAACCUCCUCAUAACCUCAGGCCAUGUCCUCGCCUCCUCCCUCGCCCUCUCCUUCAUCACCACCUCCGUGCGCGACACUUGGGACCAACCCAUAACCCUUUUCAUCCUCACCAUGCCCUGCCAAUACCUCCCUUACGCCUUCCUCCUGCUAACACUAAUCACCGCCGGCCCUCAAGCAGCACUCAUCCAAGGCACCGGACUCGUCGCCGCACACCUCUACGAUCUACUCACUGGCUUGUACCCGAGCUCCGGCAUAGAGAGGAAUAUGCUUCCUACGCCGGGGUGGAUAAUGAAGGUGUUUGGGACGCAGGAUGUAGUGAAUAGACCGUAUGGGACGGCUGUCACGGGAGCGACGGGGAAGGCGGCUUGGGGGUUAGAUUUAUCGUGGAAGAGAUUUGGGCCGGGGAGGAGGCUGGGUGGAGAGGGGGCUAGUGCGGAAGCGGAGAGGCCGAAGGGGUUGGUGUUGGCUGCUAUUGUGAUGGGUAUUUUCCUGUUACUUUGUGGUGUCUCGGGGUAUCUGUUUGUUUACGGAAGUCCUGGGUGGGGACCAUCUGUUGAUGGCGGUCCUGUGCCUGGGGGCGCGUCCCGUGUUGGAGCUGGAAAGGUCAUCCCUUGAGACGUGUUACUUGCAACUGGGGAUUGUGAGAAUGAAAUGAAGAAAAACGAAGAAAUAUGUCUUAAAUUUGGAAUUAAAAUGAAGUCUAGAUACAAAGUACCUCCGAACCUCCGUCUCUUCCCAUCCACACUAUCCCCAGCACUCCCAGGAGGUAAUCCAUUCGAACUAUUAGUACCUGCGGUUGAUAACCUCCUCCCCUCCGUCCCAGUCGCAACAGCUCCAUGUGCGCUCGCAUCACCAUUCGAUAAGCCUGUGCUCAAGCCAGCUCUCGAUCCUCCUUUUACCACAAGACCGCCGUCUGCCAAUCUCUCUAGUCUUUCCUUCUCCAAC